GCUGGCGGUGCCUCAGUCGGCGACGAGAUUCCGUUCGUAACGGUUCACUUUGUAUUCGGUCAGCUCUAGCUUCCUCGCGGUGUGUGAAUAUCGAGCCUACAAAGGAGUAGUGUUGUGGUUGGUUGGUUGCUGACUAUUGCCGUGUGUGCGCGAAGACCGCUUGUGUUGUGUUGUUUUAUUAUUCUCCGUGUUGGACGCACACCGCUGCUGCUCUCUGACCAGCAGCGGCAGCCGAGCGGGAACGGAAAGGUGUGCGUUACUUUACGGUUGUAGGCUGCUCUGGCGAAGCCGCAGCGCAGAGCGUUUGGGCCAGUUCAGCAGUGCUUUGAGUGUGUGGCUUAAAAUUUAAAAUUCCCGUCUUGUGCGCCCCGACGAGAUUCAGUCCAGCAGUUAGUGUGGUGGUGGUUUAGCCAGUGGUUAAGUCAAAAAGGCAGCUUGUGGUGUGGCUUAAGUCGUGUAGUUAGCUGCUAUUAAUUGUUUAUCAUUUACUAGUGAAUCUUGUGGGUAAUCUACGAUACGUUAGUGCAUUGAAGAGCUAAAUUGCAGUGCGAAACCUUUAACCUUUCAACAGGAGAGAAGUGAAUAAAGUUCGAAGCAGUUGGAUCAAACUUAGGUGAUUUCUGAAAUUAGGGAGGUUCCCUUGCGAGCUAGCUGAAGCGUGGAUAACUUGGCCCCACUUUGGAGAGACCCCGUUGCGCACCAACACAAACAGCGAUCUUCAAAAUAGCGUCCCCGGCGGCAGCAUGACCCGCCGGUGGCAUCCGACCUGGUCGGGUGUGCUCCUGCUGUUAUUCGGCUUCCCUUCGAUUCUGACCUGGGCCCAGCAGCAGCAAAAUCCCAACGAUGUGCCACGAUACAGCCCGCUGGAUCCAUUCAAUCGACAACGAUACAAUCCUACCUCAAACAACUUCCCACCUCAGUCAAGCCCAACGACCAGCAACGACCCUCGGAAUCCCACCUUCGGUAGCCGGGACUUCUACGGCACCGAUUCGAACAGCAUCGACAAUCGAUUCGAUCCCAGCCGAGGCGACCGCGAUCGAGAUGUACUGUUCCAAUCGACGACUCAACGGGAGUUCCCUGGAACUCGGUUCGGAACAACGUCCCGACCGAGAACUUUCAACCCUCAAAGCAACCGGAAUUCUUUUCUGGAUCAAUUCAACAAUCCUCUGAGUAAGGAGAUUACGUAUUUCGUGGUGGCAUCCCGGAUGGUCCGCCCCGGUCAGGUUUACAAAGUAUCCGUGAACCUACUGGAGGCACAACACCACAUGGCUGUCCGAGCCAGUAUCUCCCGGGAUGGCGUCGAACUGAGCAGUGAACUCAAAUCGGUACGUGUUGGAAUCCCGGAAACGUUACUCAUGCGUAUCCCUCCAACUAGCGUGCUUGGUGACUACAAACUACGGGUGGAAGGAUCCUACGAGAACACUUUCGGUGGAUACAUUUUUGUGAACGAAACCAAACUAACCUUCUCGCAACGGUCCAUGACGAUCUUCAUUCAGACGGAUAAGCCGGUUUACAUGCAAGGAGAAAUGGUGCGAUUCCGAACGAUCCCGAUCACUACGGAACUGAAAGGUUUCGACAAUGCUGUUGAUGUUUACAUGCUUGAUCCCACUGGGCACAUCAUGCGACGUUGGUUGUCCAGGCAAUCCAAUCUGGGUUCAGUUAGUUUGGAAUACAAGCUAUCCGAUCAACCAAUGUUCGGCGAAUGGAAGAUUCGUGUCAUUGCUCAAGGCCAAGUUGAAGAAGGAAAAUUCAGUGUGGAGGAAUACUAUCAGACGAGAUUUGAAGUAAAUGUUACUAUGCCGGCCUUCUUUUUCCAAACCGAUCCGUUCAUCCACGGAAAGAUCAUGGCGAAUUUUACCAACGGAACACCUACAAGAGGUAAUCUAACCCUAAAAGCUACCAUACGCCCGAUCGGUUGGAUGAACCCGAAAGCCAUCAAUCACAUGAACCGAGUGUGGAACACCGGCAACCGCCGAGAAUUGGACCCAAGCAUCCCGUACUACCUGCAAUACACAAAUCCAGAUCUUUUCAAUGCUCAGUCAACCUUCACAAGCCAGCUAAACCAGCCGGAUAGUCAAUAUCAAGACCAAAGAUACCAGUCUAACUACGGACAGGACAGCUACGUUAUUGAGCGGCAUUUCAACUUUGACGAAGAGUGGCCUUUCUGGAUCAAGAAGCCGAUAGAUACCGCAGAACAGUGGGACUCGUGGACUAACACCUAUCGAGAUUCCUUACCAUACCUCAGGUAUUUCAACGGAACGUAUCAUUUCAAAUUCCCGAUGUCAGAACUCUCCCAACUUUUCCAAAACAAUCUCGCUGGAAUGGAGGUGCUGAUCACGGCUCGUGUAGGUGAACGAUUCUACGACGAGAUCAUCGAAGGUUACGCCAUGACUCGAAUCUACAACAGUUCGAUUCGGGUGGCCUUCAUGGGUAAUUCGCCUCAGGUGUUCAAACCCUCGAUGCCGUUCACGGUUUACCUGAUCGCGGAAUACCACGACGGAUCGCCGUUGCCGAUCGAUCCUCUGUACCCGGGUCGGAUGGAAUUAUCCGGUACGAUCGACAGUCGUAGCGGCGGAGGCCGCAACACGUACGAAGUCAAGGAACUACAGAUGUCGGACAAACCUGGCGUGUGGGAGCUGAAGAUCGAUCUGCGUAACGAUCUGAACCUGGAGAACAGCAAGCAGACGAACGAAUUUUUGAACCAAAUUCAAUCGAUGCGGCUCUCGGCGAACUACAUCCAUCCGUCGGGUGAGCGGGCCAGCGCUGAGCUACUACUGCUCUCACAUUUUUCGCCAAACAACCACAACAUCAAGGUCCUCACUAGCACCAAAGACGCCAAGGUGGGAGAAUACAUGAUUUUCCACGUGCAGAGUAACUUCUACAUCAAGGACUUCCACUACAUCGUUAUGUCCAAGGGAAUCGUACUGGUGACCGGACAGGAAAUCAUAUCCGGAGGGGUGCGAACGCUGUCGAUUACUUUGAGCGCGGAAAUGGCUCCGACGGCCACGAUCGUGGUUUGGCACAUCGGCCGAUAUGGUAAGGUUAUUGCGGACAGUUUGACCUUCCCGGUGAACGGUAUUUCCCGAAACAACUUCACUGUUUUCAUCAACAACCGCAAGGCUAGAACGGGUGAAAAGGUUGAGGUUGCGAUCUACGGAGAAGCAGGUUCCUACGUGGGUCUGUCAGGUAUCGACAACGCAUUCUAUACCAUGCAGGCGGGUAACGAGUUGACCUACGCGAAUGUGAUCACCAAAAUGGCGAACUUUGAUGAACAAACGAAUGGCACCUUCAAGCAAACGUGGAUUUCGCACGAAGGAGAUCCAGAUGAGCUGGUGUACUAUCCCAGUUCCACGUUCGGAAUAGACGCGAAUCGAACGUUUGAAUACGUCGGGCUGGUGGUGUUUACGGAUGGCUUGAUCCCACGGAGACCGUUGAGUUGCGAUCCGGCAAUGAAUUACAGCGAAUGCUUAAGCGGACGAUGCUACAGGAGCGAUAAACGAUGCGAUGGAUACUUCGACUGUGAGGAUGGAACGGAUGAGGCUGGAUGUGAUAACAGAAACAGCACUGCACUGGCCGAGUUCCGGAAGUAUCGAUUCAACAGGAUUCUCAGGCACUACCAGAAUGUGUGGCUGUGGAAGGAUAUCAACAUCGGUCCUCAUGGAAGGUAUAUUUUCAAUCUUGAAGUGCCGAAAAUUCCGGCCCUCUGGAUUGUUUCCGCUUUCGGCGUCAGUGUUAGUCAAGGAUUUGGUAUGAUACGGAAACCUUUGGAAUACGUUGGAGUGCAACCGUUCUUCAUCAAUCUGGAAAUGCCCACGGUGUGCAGACAAGGAGAGCAAGUUGGAAUCCGAGUUGCUGUAUUCAAUUACCAAACAGUGGAUAUUGAAGUUACUGUGGUGUUGCAUAGCUCACCUGACUACCAAUUUGUGCAUGUGGAAGAAGACGGCAUAGUGCGUUCUUACAACCCACGAACAUCGUUCGGUGAGCACCAGUUCUACAUCUACAUCUAUGCACAGGAUUCGUCCAACGUUUAUAUUCCAAUUGUUCCGACUCGUUUGGGAGAUGUUGAAGUUACGAUUCAUGCAUCCACCCUUCUCGGAGCAUAUCAAGUCAGCCGGAAAAUCAACGUAGAACCUGACGGCCUCGUCCAACAUCGGCAUCAAUCUAUGAUGCUGGAUCUCAGUAACCGCGCUUACAUCUUCCAAUACAUGCAUGUUAACGUAACAGAAACCCCAAUCAUUCCAUACGAAAUCGAUCGUUACUACGUUUUCGGGUCCAACAAGGCCCGUAUAUCCGUUGUUGGAGACGUGGUAGGCGCCAUUUUCCCAACCAUGCCAAUCAACGCCACCUCUCUACUCUCAUUGCCGAUGGAUUCGGCCGAACAGAACAUGUUCAGCUUCGCAGCCAACUUCUACACUAUUCAGUACAUGAGAGCAAUCAAGCAGCGUAACAAGAAGACGGAGAAACUCGCUUUUCACUACGCGAACAUCGGUUACCAGAAGCAGCUGAGUUAUCUCAACGACGACGGCUCGUUCUCGCUGUUCCGUGCGGAUUGGAACCAAUCGGACUCAUCCGUGUGGUUGACCGCCUAUUGUGCGAGGAUUUUCUCGGAAGCUUCCUUCUACGAGUACGAAAACUUCAUCUACAUCGAUCCGUUGGUGAUCCAAAAGAACAUUCACUUCAUUCUGCAACAUCAGAAGGAUGACGGUUCGUUCUGGGAGGUUACGUGGCUGCCGGAUCGCAAGGUGAACCAGUCGUCCGAGAAUCCUCGCAACGAGAUCGUCCGGUCGAAGAACAUCACCCUGACGGCGCAUGUGCUGAUAACGCUCGUUUCGGUUAAGGAUCUAUCUGGGCGACUGGGUUCGAGUGUAGCCUUAGCGGAACAACGAGCGUCCCGGUACAUCGAACGUAACAUCGGACUGAUUAAAGACUACGGAUCUCCGUAUGAAAUCGCGGUUGUGAGUUACGCUUUAGCCCAAGCUAAGGCUCCACAAGCUGAGCAUGCAUUCAAAAUCCUGGCCAGCAAAAUGAGAUCAAUCGCCGAUCUCAACUAUUGGGGUAACGAUGAGGUUCCGCAGCCGCCGAGUAAGCUGGAAAAUCAAAAGUACUUCAACCUUCCGCGGCUUCCGUACAAAUACGAUUCCCUAAACAUCGAAACGACCGCAUACGCGUUGCUCACUUACGUACAGCGACAGGAAACGUUCACCGUUGAACCGAUCGUCCGGUGGUUGAACAGUCAACGGUUGCUGGAUGGCGGCUGGGCUUCCAGCCAGGACACUGGAAUUGCCAUGAAGGCUCUUACAGAGUACAGUACAAGGAAUCGCGUGGCCGAUGUCACUGCGUUGACUGUUACCGUAGAGGCCACGUCUCUGUCCGGACAGUCGAAGGUCCUGCACAUUGGGCAGCACAACCUGGCUAAAGUUCAGGACAUUGAAAUUCCAAACGCAUGGGGUACCGUAAAGGUCCAGGCAAAGGGUGUGGGUUACGCCAUCCUCCAGAUGCACGUCGAGUACUCGGUUGAUACGUACAAGUUCCAGACGAUGCCCCCGGUAAAAUCGUUUGAUCUGACUACGCACUCCGUGUUCCACGGUAGGAAUCAGUCUCACAUCAGCUAUGUGAUCUGCCAACGAUGGACCAACACUGGCGAAUCGAUCCGCUCCGGUAUGGCUGUUCUGGACGUAGCCGUCCCGACUGGAUACAUGAUCCAACAGCAAAAGCUCGACUCGUAUACUAUUAGCAAACGGGUACGGAACUUGCAGCGAGCACGCUACCAAGAGAGGAAGGUUUUAUUCUACUUUGACUAUUUGGACAGCGAAUUCGUAUGCGUGAACUUUACACUGGAACGGUGGAUGCCGGUGGCUAACAUGUCACGAUACCUGCCAAUCAGGGUUUAUGACUACUACGCACCAGAACGCUUCAACGAAACCAUUUUCGACUCCCUGCAAACAUAUCUGCUGAAUAUCUGCGAAGUGUGCGGUAGUUCCCAAUGUCCGUAUUGUAGGAUCUACAAUACUGCCAUUCGGAACCCGGUAUCGAUUGUGCUUCUGCUCGUCACCAGUGCCCUCGUAGUAGCUCGUCACUAUCGAAUAGUGAAUCCGAACAGUUGGAUCUUUUGGAACGAUUAGGACGGAAGACGAUGAACGAAAACCGAAAAGCAGUAUCCAUCAGACUUCUGUGUACAUAAUCCCUCAAUCUAUGCGAAAUCUAGAAUCUCUGCGUUUAAAACGGAGACUGCGCGACAACGUGCAAUCGCGAAUUUGUUUAUGAUGUUCGUUUUUUAUAUACAAAACUUUUUUGAGUUUCUGUAGCGCGUAGUAUUGUGAGGGCAUCAUACUCAAAUCGUACCAUGUGCAUUUCUUGUCAUGUCAAUUUCCCGUAUGAUUCCAUCCAAGGCAUUUGUGUACAAUCAACAUCGCAUUUCGCAACGAUGUAGCGCGAUAGAUAUAGGAGAAGAAACAAUGCCGAGUUAGAUUAGAAGAGAAACGUCAAUUUCUCACGUGUUCGAUUUUUCUUUAGUUUACAUAAGUGCUAGGGAAACUGAAAGAAGCAAAAGUUAUUGUUUUAUUAUUUUAAAUAUUCUCUGUAGAUUGUAUGUAGUACGAAUUGUAUUCGUUCUCUAGCCUUUUAGAAUUGAUUAUCUUAUGCAAGCAGAAAUCUUCAGGCCGUCCAAAUUAUCUGGUCAUAACAUUUUUUUUAUUAUUUUUAAGAUCAACUUUAGUUUUAACAAACUCACAAAAGAAGCACCAUAAACAACUUAAUAUCGGAAUGAAAUGACAAGCAAACGUUUUUUUAUGUUAAAAUAUCCAAUAAAGUCAGUGUCGUACUAUGUAGUACUGAACUCGUCCCAUCAUUUUCAACUCGACCAUAAUACCACGGUUAGGCAAGCGAUAACGAAUGAUACAAACUUAUAGGGUGCCUUAACUGCAAGCGGAAUGAUAACUAUCUCAGCGGAAUGAAUGCGCCAUCACAUACAAGAAAACCAUUUUGAAUCUCUAGAAUAUGGAAAAGAUGUAGAUCUGAGAUGUGUAUGUUUCUAAUAGAAAAAGAUUAGUGGCAGAAAUGAUCACUAACAAACUAGUAGAUGUGCUGAAACAACAUUUUUAAAAUAAAUUUAUGAAAAAUAAACAACA